GCAGCAUCCUCGGUGUCUGCUGCUCACUAACAGGGCUGGGGAUCCUAACCAGAUCUUCUGCACGACUCUGCUGCUGCAAUCAUCUCUACUGUCUCAGAGAUGGGCCUAUAGCAGGGGCGGGCAAUCCUGGUCCUCGAGGGCCACUAUCCCACAUGUUUUACUGUUUUCCCUGUUUCAACACACCUGAUUUCAGUCAGCAGGAGAUUAGCUGGCUUCUGCAGCUUGAUGAGCUGCUGAAUCAACUGUGUUGGAACUGGGAAAUAACACAAAGAUGGAGGAUACCGGCCCUCGAGGGCUGGAGUUGCCCACCCCUGGUAUAGCUUCUCUGAUGGCUCUUGAGGUGUUUUAGUGGGGUGUCAUCUGCAUAGAGGAGGAUAAUCUGGGUUAAUGGAGGAAAAAAAAACCCAGAUAUAAACAGAAGUGGUUCUAGCAUGGAGCCUUGUGGGACACCGUAACUAACUUUGUUUUCUGUAGAUGAGUCCUUAUGAAUAUUUACUGACUGGAAACGAACAAAAACACUAAACCCGGUCUAGACUGGUUUCUUUGGACUCUAGAGUCUAUAAAUGUGACUUUUUCAGACUCAAGCAUGUUUAAAAUGUUUUAAUUGUGCUUAGCAUGUGAUUAUUUUUACUAGGAUAGUAUCUGGUGGGUUCUCCUGCCCUAUUUUUGAACUUCAUGUCAUCCAUUGUAGCGUCGUGCCCCCCCCCCUCAGGUCCGUCUACUCCCACUAACCCCCCUGCUGUGAAGAGGAAGGCGGCUGUCGUGCUGCUUGGACUUGACUCACCUACUUUAAGCUGCACUGAUCUGAUAAUGCCCUGUUUGAUGUCAUCGUUUUGCUGUUUUUCAGGGCGCCAGAGUCGCCGUCACUCGUAAUUUUGCUGACUUCACUCCUCAGGUGACCUUUGACAUCAAGUAGAAAUGUGACCUGCAUCGCCUGGAGGCGGGGCCUCCGGUGAAGGCGGAGCUAACAAGAGAGCAGGGCCUCCAGUAUUAUCGCACCAUGCAGAUGGUGAGGCGCGUGGAGCUCAAAGCCGAUCAGCUGUACAAGCAGAAGAUCAUCAGAGGCUUCUGUCACCUGUAUGAUGGACAGGAGGCGUGUGCUGCAGGUAUCGAGGCGGCCAUCAGCCCCUCGGAUCACCUGAUAACGGCGUACCGCGCUCACGGGUACACGUACACGCGCGGCGUCUCCAUCAGACAGAUCCUGGCUGAGCUCACAGGUCGUAAAGGGGGCGUGGCCAAAGGGAAGGGAGGCUCCAUGCACAUGUACGCGCCUCAUUUCUACGGAGGGAACGGCAUCGUGGGAGCUCAGGUGCCUCUGGGCGCAGGUAUCGCUCUGGCCUGUCAGUACCGCGGUAACAACCAGGUGUGUGUGACGCUGUAUGGAGACGGAGCAGCCAACCAGGGUCAGCUGUUUGAGACCUUCAACAUGGCCGCCCUGUGGAAGCUGCCGUGCGUCUUCAUCUGUGAGAACAACAAGUACGGCAUGGGCACGGCGGUGGAGCGGGCCGCCGCCAGCACCGACUACUACAAGAGAGGAGACUUCAUUCCCGGGCUCAGGGUGGAUGGGAUGGACGUGCUGUCGGUCAGAGAGGCCACCAGGUUCGCCGCCGAUCACUGCAGGGCUGGGAAGGGUCCCAUCGUCAUGGAGCUCCAGACCUACCGUUACCAUGGACACAGCAUGAGUGACCCGGGCGUCAGCUACAGAACCCGCGAGGAGAUCCAGGAGGUCCGCAGCAAGAGCGAUCCCAUCUCCCUGCUGAGGGAGCGAAUGCUCAGCAACAACAUGGCGUCUGCCGAGGAGUUCAAGGAAAUGGAUGUUGAGAUCCGUAAGGAGGUGGAUGACGCCGCCCAGUUUGCUACGUCCGACCCGGAGCCGCCGCUGGAGGAUCUUUGUAACCACGUCUUCUCCAACAACCCGCCGCUGGACGUCCGCGGGACACACCCCUGGUCCAAACUCAAGUCUGUCAGCUAGACCCCACCCCGCCUCACACCCCGGGACCGUUCCCUGGAACCUGCCAGUAUUUAUUAUUUAUGUAGAUGAAUCUAUAAUUUAUUGACACUGACUCGGUCCGCUGCUGCUCUAAGAUAUUUAUUUAUGGUUUAAAAUGCUGAAGAACACCUGAGACGAGUUCAUCCUUCAUGCUUAUUCAGGAUUAAAGCUUUUAAACUGACAUGAUCGUUACUUUAAGCUGUUUAUGUAAAGUUUUUGUUCUUUACUGAAAGAAAUGAGUUCAGUGUUUUAUUCUAACGUGUAACCAGUCAGAAUAAGUUUCUACUCUGACUUCUUCUCUCAUUCCUGGUCUCUGCUGUUGAUCCACAUUAAAAACUCAGAUUUCUGAUUUGAACUGAAAAUAUUACAGAUAGUCUUUAUUUUGUUUAUGAAAUUUUAGUUUUAAAUCAAAUCUGUCAUUUUCCUUUGUUGUACCAAAGUUUGUACAGAAAGUUCUAUUGUUUAUGAGGAUGUUGAAGAGGGAUUUUAUUUAUGAGGCUGAAUAAAAGAUUAAAGCUAAAUAAAACCA